GGGCCUCACAAUUUUGGGGCCCCCCAAAGUUUUCAAUAGUAAUAGUAUAUAUAAUUAUAUUAUAUAAUAUUAAUUAAUAAAUAAUAACAAUACGGAGUAACAUUUAAGAGGCCGCCUCAAACAGUCAAACGACGCUACUCUUCUAAGUCUUCUUGGAAGUCGGAAACGACGCAACUCACGCAAGACACUACAGCCGCUGCUUCCUUCUCUUAGACCGCAAAGCACAGGGGUCACAUAAACCAGGUUGGUUGGUUGGUUAGGCGAUUUCAACAAGCAAUCUCUCAUUUAAAGUUUUAUAGCCGGAUCAUUCAUACAUAGAAACUACCAAACUUUGCUUGAAUCCAGGUGAUAUUCUUCUCGCUUGAAACAUCUACUUAUUCUUCAUGUCUUCAAGAAUUAGAAAGUAUGAAUCGGGGUGCGAGAAACCAAAGAAAAAAAUGAGAUUGGAUGCGGUAACCGAGUCUCAAAGAGGAGCUCUAGAUAGAUUUAUGAUAAAAAAAAACUCUAGUGCUAGUGGAAGUGCUAUUGUAAACUCUAGCGUGAACUUAGAUGGUGAUUUGCCUAUUGAGAAUGACAAAGAAAUUGAUGAUCUAUCAGAUAAGGAUGUUCUUAGGGAUGGCGAUGAGAAUAAUAGUGAUCCCACACCGAGUGAUACUGAAAAUCAUGAACAAUCUAAAAUCGGAGAAACUUUUCAAAUCUGAAAGUCAUUAGCGUUGCAUGAACUAAGUAAUUUUGAAUUCUUAGUGGCAAUAGUUAUUUGAUAUGAAAUCAUAUAUCAUGUUAAUUUGGUCAGUAAGACUUUGCAAUCAGAGAGCAUGCUUAUAGAUGUUGCUAUUCAAGAGAUAAAGAGUUUGAUUACUUUUUUUGAGGGAUACCGAGAAAGUGGUUAUGAAAAUGCUAUAGAAGAAGCCAAAAAAAUUUCCGUUGAGCUAGAUAUUGAUCCAAUAUUUCCUCAAAGGAGACCAAUUCGACGAAAGAAGCAAUUUGAUGAGAGUCGAGAUAGCACUUCAGAAGUUGUUAAUCUAUCUGCUGAUGAGUCGUUUAGACUUAAUUAUUUUUUAUAUAUUGUUGAUCAAGCUAUUGUUUCAUUGAGAAGGAGGUUUGAGCAAUAUCAGGAAUUUGAGAGUAUUUUUGGGUUUUUAUUUACUUCUGAGAAAUUGAGUUCACUAGAAGAUGCACAAUUGAAGUUAUGGUGUUCUCAUCUUGAAGGUGCUCUUAAGAAAGAUGAACAGUCUGAUGUUGAUGGAGAUGAUAUGUAUAUGGAAUUGAAACUUUUUAUCUCUUUCUUACCGAAGAAAAAGUUGGGACCUAUUGAUCUCUUCAAAUUUUUGAAGCGUUAUACUUGUUUUCCUAAUGUAGUUGUUGCAUACAGAAUAAUGUUGACUACCCCAGUGACUGUGGCAAGUGCAGAAAGAAGUUUCUCCAAACUUAAAUUGUUGAAAUCUUAUUUGCGAUCUACAAUGUCACAAGAGAGACUUAAUGGUUUGGCAAUGAUAGCGAUUGAGAAUGAGUAUUUGGAGAAGAUUGAGUACAAGGAUUUGAUCGAUGAUUUUGCUUCAAAGACGGCAAGGAGGACAACUUUAUUUAAGUGACAAAAUACAAUUCUAUGUAGUUAUUUUAAAAUUUAAAUUAUGUCAUUUUCUAUAUAAACACUUGAACGAUUAAUUUUGUUGAACUUUAUAACUUUGUUUUUUAAAGAACUUUAUGACUUUGUUAUUA